CGGAAUUGUGGAGUGUGACGGGAGGUGCCGAGUUUAUAAAUAGAUCGCCUCAGGCAGGAGCUGACAUAAUCACAAGUUCCCUUUUGUUCGCCCUUCGAAAGGGACUUGCUUCUAUCUUUAGAAUCAACCUUUUCUGCAUCGUCAAUCAGCCCCUCCGCUCAACUAUUUACUCCACGGAUCGUGCCGCUGGUUCCUGGCCCCUCAAACCUAUACUCAAGACCCUGUCGAUACCUUCCCCUCCGUCAUAUCUCCGGGGUCACUCAUUUCCGGUCAUCCCUGUUCGUGCGCCCUUCUUCAGAUACUGUCGUCGAGGCCCUAUUUCCAUUCCGCGACCCUGAGCGGCGCGACCAUAUCCUCGACGAGUUCUGCCAUCCAUUUCCGCUGCUAUACCUUUGCGCGCGUGAAUAUCUUCGAGAAUUUUAGGGGCUGAGGACUCGAGGACUUGAGCCGCUGGUACCCGUGAGACACGCGGUUCCGAGUCGACAUCACUCGCCCGUAAAUCUGACACCUCCCAGCGCGCGCAUCCUGCGCCCACUACCUGCCCAUCAUGGGUCGUAGAAAGAUCGAGAUUAAAGCUAUCAAGGAUGAUCGCAACCGUUCAGUGACAUUCCUCAAGCGAAAAGGUGGAUUGUUUAAGAAGGCCCAUGAGCUGGCCGUUCUUUGUUCCGUCGAUGUCGCCGUUAUCAUCUUUGGUCAUAACAAGAAACUCUACGAGUACUCCUCGUGUGACAUGCACGAGGCUCUCGGUCGCUAUCAAUAUUUCGGCCCGCCUCAUGAGCACAAAGGACCUGAUGAUUUCGCCGGUAAGCGCGGCGACGACGAUGACGAAGACGAGAUGACUCCGGCACCCGAAGAGAUCCAAGCUCAGCAACCUCACCCCGUCGUUCCACCCCAUCUCCAACAGCCCGGUUUCCAGCAUAUCAAUCACGCCCCAUCCGCCUCUCCCCCGGUUGUGCAUAAUGGCCCUCCGAUAAAACGACACGGUACACCACAGUCGCAAGUGUCUCGUCCCUCGUCAAGAAACCACGUUCGUCAUGUCAGCUCAAACCUUGGACCGCAUGGUCAUGCCACACCCCCGCCUCCUCCCCCCCAAAAUGGAUACUACAUGGCAAACCCCUCGAUGUAUAACCCAAGUGUUCACUCUGCAAUGAAUCAGCCUCGCCCCGGACAAUACGCUCAAUACGGCCAUCCUGCUCACGGUCCACAAGGAACACCGCCGCAAAUGCACCACCAGCACGCACAAGCGCAAGUCCAUCAUCCCCAAGCUCCCCAACACUUUCAGCAUGCACAAAUAGUUGCGCAACAACAAAUGGUAAUGCCGCCAGUCUCGCAUGGACCAGUACAACAGGUGCCGCAGCAGCCGUAUAUAACGGAGCCGGGUAGGGGGUCUAUGCCUCCGGCCUUCGCACCAGAACCUCAUUCAGAACGAACGGUACCGGUCCCCGAGAGCUCACAGGAUAACGCAGCGGGUGCGAUGAAAAGAGAACAUAGCCAGUCGCCCCCGCAGCCUAGAUCCCUGUCCAAGUCUCAGUCCCGUAGUAUCUUUACUCCCAUUGAUGACCGCGGGUCUGUGCUUGCGCGCCAGUUUGGAUUUUACGAUUCUCCACCGGGCCAAGGGAACCAGCUAUUGAAACCAGAAACCUCCCAGGAGAACUUGCGUAGACCAAGGACAUCUGCUCCAGGCACCACGGCCUCGGAACCCCCGCGCCCACAGUCGGUACCAUCCGCAGCCGAGAUCAAGCCACCUUCACGCACGAAUAGCGGCGCGCUUACUUCGAAGCGACCGCAGUUGAAAGUUCAGAUUCCCAGUGAGAGCUCUGACCGGGGCAGCGCAACGGGCGACUCAUCCUCUCGCGACUCUGCUGGCAACAAAACGGUGACUCCAGCCAAGGACAAUCCUCCUGCAGGAGUGGUGCUACCCCCGCCAUCGCCGUCCACAGGAGCUAUUCUCAGUGCUGGCGCGCAAGGUCCACCAAAUCCGUUUGCUCGGCCACCCCCACCAGGGGCCUCGGGGCAAACAAACUACGGCAAUAACGGUACCAGUGCUGGGAACAGUGGCAGCAACUCAAACAACAUCGAAACUCCCAUCUCCGCUCUUCCGAGUCGAUUUGUCUCGGAUAACCUCCUCCCAUCACCCUCCAGCUUCUUCCCCGAAUGGGGCUUCGGUCGUUCCGGACCAGACUCGAACCUCUUGCCGAGUCCUCUAACUUUCCCGACGCCGGCGCUUCCAAGUGGACCGAGCUUCUCGCGGGAAGACGAGCAGGAUAAGAAACGCAAGACUUCCGAUGGCGGGCUCCCUGCCGAAGGAGCAAGUAAGAAACCGAAGACCUAGCGAAUGGAUGAAGUUAGUAUGAUGUCCAAGCUCUUCCCAAGUCGCCGAACUAUCUCCACGCGACAAGGACGUCCUGGUUGAUGUCCUCUCCCUUCCCUCAACCAUCUACACACUCUCUCUACCUACUAUCUGAAAUCACCGUCUCUCAUACUUGGUUGAGUCUAGGAUCUUCUGCUCUAUACCCUAACUUGAUACCUCCGAAUCAUUUCUUUCUUUUCUCCUUUUCCGUCAUCUCCUUCUUCUGUGUGGCGAGGGCUCAUCCGUCUCUUGAUCGUGGAUCGAUACAGCCUUGAUCUCCUCAAUUUCUCUUCUCUGUCAUUACGUACUGAUUCUUCAACUUCGUCUUAUCUUUUGAAAUGUUUCGAACUUGGCGUUGACGCGUUGGGUGCCCGGACAAUGUACAUAAGGCCCUUUGACUCGAGACAGCAAUGACAAGUAUAUUGAUAUUCAAAAUGAC